AUGGCUCUGCUCUUUCAAAACCCAUGCUUGCAAUCAGGGCUUCAUAAAGUUCCUAGCUCUAGUGCCCUUGGUCAAGGAAUUGUGGCUGCAUUUCCAUAUUCAUAUUCUCAAUCGCAAAUCCGUUUACCGAAUGACAUGAAGCACAAAAGUAGAAGAGGAAGGAAAGGUUUGAUUUUCUGCGAGAAGAAAGUUAGGAUUGAUUUUCCGGAUGAGAUAAUAUGGCUUAACAUCAGAUGA